AUGGCCACGCCGGACGCCACUCCGCACUUUGGAGCCGAACUGAAGGAUGCCUUCAAACCCGUCAACAAUUGGGUAUUUAACGGCAUAUCAUGGAUGGACGAGAUACAACAGUUCUACCGGGAACGGAGCGUGAUCGAGAAGGAAUACGCAGCCAAGCUAACGGCGCUGUGUAAGAAGUACUAUGACCGCAAAGCAAAGAAAAUCAGCACAUUGAGCGUGGGGGACACCCCCAGUAUGACCCCGGGCUCUCUCGAAAGCGCUUCCCUGACUACCUGGACCACCCAAUUAACCGCCGUCGAGUCGCAUGCUGCGGAACGCGACCAGUUCGCCAAUGACCUUGUUAUUCAGGUGGCGGAGCCGCUGAAACAGGCGGCGGCGCAGUACGAGGAACUUCGGAAAUGCCAUGUGGACUUCCACGCGAAACUCGAGAAAGAGAGAGACUCUUCGUACAGCGACCUGAAGAAGGUAAAGGGGAAAUACGACGGCUCAUGUCAGGAAGUGGAGGCGAAGCGGAAGAAAAUGGAGAGUUCGUUUGACCAUGGGAAAGCCAAGGCGCAAACUGCGUACCAACAGCAGAUUUUGGAAAUGAACAAUGUCAAAAAUACGUACCUAAUCAGUAUAAACGUGACGAAUAAAAUGAAGGAGCGAUUUUACCACGAAUACGUGCCAGAACUUCUAGAUGGCCUACAAGACCUCAAUGAAACCCGCGUUGCAAAAGUAAACACACUCUGGUCCCACGCCACACAGCUGGAGAAGAAUUCUCUCUCAAAAAGUGUGGACCACAUGGCCAAUCUCAUCAACGAGAUUCCCCGAAACCUCCCACAUCUUGACUCCCUCAUGUUCCUGCGCCACAACUCCACGCCCUCCCAGGAACCUCCCAACCUGGGCUUUGAACCUAGUCCGAUCUGGCACGACGAUGAGACGCUCAUUACCGACGAUGCGGCCAAGGUGUUCCUGCGCAAUCUUCUCAGCAAGAGCAAGACGCAGCUGCGGGACCUGCACGCCGAGACCGAACAGAAGCGUCGCACCGUGGAGGAUGCCAAGCGUAUCCGGCAAGCCAUCCAGCAAGGCAAGGACAAGCGGAACGAGGUCGAAAUUGUGAGGUCGAUCUUCUUCCUGCAGGAGGGACUGCACGAAGCGGAUCGCAAGCGGCUUACAGCCGAGGUCGAGACAUCCACAAUCAUCUCCGUCGUGGGCGACUUAUCUCUUGGAGCCAAGAACCAUAACUUCAAAUCGCAAACCUUCAAGAUCCCGACCAACUGCGACCUUUGCGGCGAGCGGAUAUGGGGCCUGUCCGCCAAGGGGUACGACUGUCGGGAUUGUGGGUACACCUGCCACAGCAAGUGUCAGAUGAAGGUGCCCGCCGAAUGUCCCGGCGAACAGACAAAGGAGGAGAAGAAGAAGCUGAAAGCCGAACGGCAAGAACAGGCCGGCGCAACGCCCGCGCUGGACCUGGAGCCAUCCGCCAACCCAUCGGCGGCGCCGUCGCUCGCGCGGAAAGACACGAUGAACUCGUUGAGUUCGGGAUACGCGGCCAGCGCCAAUCGAUCGUCGUCUAAUGCGGCCAGCCUCCCCCCGCCGACGGAACUGGCAGCCCCAUCAGCGCCCGCGCCAAUACCUUCAGCACCGACCUCUGCCGCGCCGACGCCAGCGCAGGAGUCCAAGCCUGCCCCGGCGAGGAGGAAUCGCAUCCUCGCACCACCCCCGGCGCAAUACAUCAGCCCACCGCCGGAACCUACCCCCAAGCCGAGCGAGCCGCGAGGGAAGAUGCUCUACGCGUACCAAGCAGGCGGGGCCGACGAGGUUACAGUGCAAGAGGGCGACGACGUGGUGGUCGUCGAACCCGACGAUGGGUCUGGAUGGAUGCGAGUGCGCGCUGGAACCCUCGAAGGACUGGUGCCGGCUUCCUACGUGGAACCAGCACCGGCACCGUCUCCGGCCUCAGUCAGUCCCGGAUUCACAGAUCGACCUGGAUCCACGUAUUCGAGCUCGUCGGCGUCCCUGGCGGGAAGUGCGGCGGGAACCGGAGGGAAGCGCAUCGGACCGGCAGUGGCACCUCGACGGGGAGCCAAGAAGCUGCAGUACGUGGAAGCGAUGUACGAUUACGAGGCGCGCAGCGAUAUGGAAUGGAGCAUGAUGGAGGGGGAUCGAUUUGUGCUGGUGAAUCGAGACGGAGGCGACGGAUGGGCGGACGUUGAACGAGGUGGUGUGACGAAGAGUGUGCCGGCCAACUACAUCCAGGAGGUGUAA